CCUCUUCUACCCGGUGGCUGGCAGCGCGGUUGACAGGGUCUUUUUCCUGUGGAAGAUGGCGACACCAGGGAUGAGCUGGCAGCAGCAUUACUAUAGCGGCAGCUCCGCGGCGAGCGCUGGAAAAUUCACCACUUCCUCUUCUUCCUCGACCACCUCCUCCCAGCUCGGCAUGGAAUAUAAUCAGGAUCUCCAUCUCAAAAUGAGCAAAAAAAUCGCUCAGCUUACCAAGGUAAUAUAUGCUUUGAACACAAAGAAUGAUGAACAUGAAGCUGCUAUUCAAGCCCUCAAGGAAGCUCAUGAAGAAGAAAUCCAACAAAUACUUGCAGAAACUAGAGAAAAGAUUCUGCAGUAUAAGACUAAAGUUUCUGAGGAAUUGGAUCUGAAAAGAAAGAUCCAGGUUUUAGAGGAAUCAUUGGAAGAUCAUAAAAAGAUGAAGCAUCAAGCCUUAACCGAAUUUGAAGCUUAUAAGGACAGAGUUGAGGAUAUGCAACUUUGUGCAGAAGCGCAGCAUGUCCAACGUGUAGUAACUAUGUCACGGGAAGUAGAAGAAAUUAGAAAGAAAUUUGAGGAGAGGUUACGGAGUUUUAUACAACUUCAGGUACAGUUUGAGAAGGAUAAACGUUCAGCUCUUGAAGAGCUGAGAUCUGCACAUAGACUUGAGGUUCAAGAACUUCUGAAGACCCAUCAGAAUCAGAAUGCUAGUUUAAGCAAGGGACAGGAAAAGUUAGAAGAAUUACACAGGCGGGACGUGGAAGAAUUGAAUUCCAAAGUUGAAGAGUUAAGAUUGGAAAGAAAAAAGCUUAUUGAGGACUAUGAAGGUAAGCUCACCAAAGCUCAAUCUUUCUAUGAACAUGAACUUGAUACUAUGAAACGGUCACAGCUGUUUACAGCUGAAAGCCUAAAAACCUGCAAAGAGAAAGAAAUGGAACUAAGAAAGGAGUUUCAAAGCCAAGAAUCUAUUUUACGAAAAAACUUGGGGAAGCUUAAGACUGAAUUGCAGAUGGUACAGGAUGAAGCUGGCGGUCUACGAGAAAAAUGCCAGAAGCUUCAAGUAGCACUAAGUACAGCAGAAAACAAUGUACAGGCACUUCAGAAACAGCUAGAUGACGUCAAAGAUGAGGAAAUGUCAUUGUUAAGUAAACACAAAGAGGUUGAAAGUGAGCUAGCAGCUGCUAGAGAACGCUUACAGCAACAGGCCACAGAUCUAGUACUGAAAGCCAGUCACAUGGGAAUGCUUCAAGCUACUCAAAUGACCCAUGAAGUUACAAUAAGGGAUUUGGAAUCAGAAAAAUCUAGAUUAAAGGAGAAGCUGUCUCAGCUUGAGGAAGAAAGAAGUCUAUUACAAAGCAAAACGCAAAGCCUAGAUGAAAGACAAAGGCAGCAAAUCCUUGCACUGGAGAAGAAAGUGAAUGAAGCAAGAGAAACACAACGAGAAUAUUAUGAGAAGGAGUUAAUAAAACUGCAAGCAAGGCUGGAAGGGGAGGCUGCACAACUAAAUGAGGCUCAUUCUAAGACCUUGGAGGAGUUGGCAUGGAAACAUCAUACUGCUCUUGAGGCAGCACAUAGCAAUGCUAACAAGGAGAAAAAGAAACUUCAAAUGGAACUGGAGCAGCAAUUUGAAAAAGAGAAGCUACAUUUUGAAGACGAGAAGAAUCAGCUUCGACAGCAGUUGGAAAACCUGAGGGAAGAGCUGACAACCAAGCUGACUUCAUCCAAUCAGGAGAUGGGUCGUCUACAAGAUCUAGUAAGAAAAAGUGAACAGGGCCUUGGUACUGCAGAAGGGCACAUCUCCAAUCUCCAGGAAACCCAGGAAAUACUACAAAAAGAACUAGAAUUAACCAGGGCAAGACUCAGAGAGACCACAGAUUCCCUGUAUAAUGUUGAGGGGGAAUUGGACCAGGAAAGGCAACAGCAUGAGGCUAUGAUUGUAGCCAUGAGAGAAGAGGAGAAAUUUAAAGUUGACAGAAUGGCCCGUGAUCUCGAAAUAAAAUGGACAGAAAAUCUUCGGCAAGAAUGUAGUAAACUUCGAGAAGAAUUGAGGCUUCAGCAUGAAGAAGAUAAAAAGUCAGCGAUGACUCAACUCUUACAGUUAAAAGAGAGGGAAAAAAAUGCCGCCAGAGAUAGCUGGCAGAAGAAAGUGGAAGAUCUCUUGGAUCAGAUCUCCCUGCUAAAGCAGAAUCUAGAAAUGCAGCUUUCUCAGUCUCAGACCUCGAUGCAGCAACUGCAGGCACAGUUUAGUCAGGAGCGGCAAAGGCUGGCCCAAGAAAUUGAAGAGCUGGAAGAAGAGCAUGAGCAGAGGCACAAGUCCAUGAAAGAAGCACAUAUCCUUGCAUUUCAGAACAUGGAAGAAACAAGAGAUCAAGAGCAAAAGGAACUUGAAGAUCGUUUACAACAAAAGCACUCAGAAGAACUUCAGACUCUGAAAGAAGCACAUAGACAAGCUAUGGAUGCUUUCAAACUAGAAAUGGAACAGGAACUGCAGACUCUUCGCUUCGAACUUGAAGAUGAAGGGAAAGCUAUGCUUGCGUCUUUGCGCUCAGAACUAAAUCAUCAACAUGCUGCAGCAAUUGAUCAGCUACGGCAUAGUCACCAACAAGAACUAGCAGCUGCUAAAAUGGAGCUUGAAAGAAGCAUAGAGCUCAGCAGGCACCAGGAAAAAGAAUUUGUGUGCCGGAUAUCAGAUCUCCAGGAUGAAGUGAGGCAUCGAGACCACCAUAUAUCUGAAUUGGAUAAGGAGAUACUUUCACUGCAUGAGAACAUAAGUGCACUGACCAAGGAACUGGAGUUCAAAGGGAAGGAGGUUCUUAGAAUACGUAGUGAAUCUAACCAACAUAUUAGGCUGCAUGAACAAGAUUUAAACAAGAAACAUGAGAAAGAGCUGGAUGUCAUGACAGCAGACCACAUCAGAGAGAAACAAAGCAUGCUGGCAGAUUUUAAUAAGACCCAGGAACUGCUCAAGGAAAUUAAUUCAGCUUUGCAAGUUUCUUUAGAAGAAAUGGAAGAAAAAUAUCAGAACAGAGAAUCAAGACCAGAAGACUUGCAGCUUAUUGCAGAAUUGAAAGACCUGAUUGCUGAGAGGGAUCAGCUGAUAAAGAAACUGAUUGAUGACAAAAAAUUCUAUCAACUGGAACUAGUCAAUAGAGAGACUAACUUCAACAAAGUGUUUAAUGCAAGUCCUAAUGUUGGUGUUAUUAACCCUCUAGUGAAGCAAAAGAAGAAGAAUGAUAAAUCAGCAAACAGGUUUGUGAGUGUCCCCAAUCUAAGUGCUCUGGAAUCUAGCGGAGUGGGCAAUGGACAUGCUAACCGCCUGGACCCUAUUCCUAAUUCACCCAUCCACGAUAUUGAGUUCAACAGCAGCAGGCCACUUCCACAGCCAAUACCACCCAAAGAGCCCAAGACGGUUUUGAGCCCUCCUCAGACUGAAGCUUCUCCAAUGGCUUCACCAGAUCCACAACGCCAGGAAUGGUUUGCCCGUUACUUCACAUUCUGAGAGAUUAUUUUUGUGUGUGGCACAGCGUGGUGUGGACUGUUCAUAAGAGCAUGACCUUAAAAUAAACCCUUACGUGAACAUGCUUUCCUGUAAUAUGUCAAACACUGUGAAUGAGAAAGUAUUUGUCUCUCUGAUUUGAAAAUGCACUGUAUUUUAUGUGAUAUUUGUUGGAAUCACUUGACAUGGUAAUAUAAACGUGCUUAACGACACUUAUUUUUAUUUAAAAUGAAAAAGUAUUUAAACUUUGUAAUUACUGCAUAAUAAAUUUUCAUAGAAGAAA